AUGAAGACACGGCCUCGUGCGCGAUAUAAUAGCCAGCGUCGAGCUUCGUUAGGCGCAAUUUAUAAGGAAUACGAUGUUGACUCACCUCAGGAAUCCUCUGUGCAUAUACCAGCGGAACUGGUUGAAGCAGCGCGAGGUCCGCGCGGUUUCACCCACCGGCGAACCUCUUUGCCGGCUGUUCUGCAGCCUCCCAGUCUGAUCACGAUGAGCCAGCGACAUUUCAAGGAAAUCAACGAGAUCAUCGACGACCUUUUAAAACUUGCGCCAACUUUCAGUCAACCAGUGUUGCUCAGUAUAAAGAAAGUCAAAAAAAUCAUGAGACCUUACGAGAGAAAUCUUGAGAUGGCGACAAAUGACUGCCAAGCAGACAGUGAAAACAGUGAAGUCGAGCUUGAGAGUAGUUGGAAGACACUGACGAAGAGACAAGACAGCCGUAUUUCGGCGAAUUUAAGGGACUUCAACGAGCCUUCCCGAACACUGCCCAAACGCAGUCGUCCAAAUGCUGGAAACUCGCUGGAACGUCUUGUUGAGAAAGAUUCAACCAGUGUUUUCCACAGUAAGCUACUGCCGCUCUCGAUACGGGGCUCACUUGGCACUUCUGACUAUGAAACUGACACCACCACAGCUGCUGAAGCCAAUUUUCACGACUACAUAAGCAACAACAAUCAAGCCCAAAGCAAGUCGACCUCUUAUCUCCUCCACUCGCAGACACAGAACAGGCCCAUCACGAGCCAAGGCAACUUCGACUCAAUAAAAAGUAAUGCGCAAUACAAAGAUAUGUCCUCAUCGCCACCUCCUGUGACUGGUCUCGCCAGAUCCGCCUCUCGCAGCCAUUUUGAGCAGCUCGAACAAUCCAGAGAAACACGCACGUCGACUACUUCGUCCUCGCAUUCUAGCGCCGAAAAAUCAGGCGCGUCAGAGUGCGACACAGCACUGGACGAGGUACUCGCUCACUGUUUUGAAUGGAAUUUCCCGAUUUUCGAGCUGCGGGCACUCACCCAUGAGGUCCUGUCACGUCUUGCCUAUAGAUUCUUCGAUCUAGCAAAGCUAUUUUCACACUAUAAGCUUCCUCGCGAGAAAUUUCUGGCUUAUUUCAGAGCACUUGAGUCUGGAUACCGAAACUGUGCAUACCAUAAUUCAGUCCAUGCCGCCGACGUACUUCAAAGCGUGUUUUACAUAAUCAACGUUCCCAACAAAGAAACUGGAAGGUGUUUAAAAGACCAACUGGACGAAAAGGACGUACUCUCUAUAUUUCUUGCCGCCGCGGUGCACGACUACGACCACCCGGGCUAUACGAACAAUUUCCUCAUUCAAACCCGCCAUUCGCUUGCUAUUCUUUACAAUGACCGUUCGGUGUUGGAGAACCACCACGUGGCCGCCGCUUGGAAGCUGCUCAUCUCCGACCCGAAGCUCAAUUUCCUCGCCAACCUCGACCCGACCCUAUCCUCAACCAUCCGCGACAAUACUAUAGAGCUCGUUCUUUCGACCGACAUGGCCCAGCAUACCUACUACCUUUCUCAGUGGAAAGAGCUCUUUGCUCACACAUCAAAGAUCGAUCUUACAGACAAGCACAAGAAGUUGCUCAUGCUAAAGAUGAUCAUUAAAUUCUCGGAUAUUUCUAACCCCUCCAAGGAGUACAAAAAUCACGUCGAGUGGAGCCACCGCGUCACCAAAGAAUUCUAUAGACAAGGAGACGAGGAAAAAGCUCAUAAGCUGCCCAUUACACGCUUCAUGGACCGAUCCGAUCCAGACAUGAUCGGUAACCAACGAGCAUUUAUCACAAACAUGGUCAAACCCUGCUACGAGGCGCUAUCAUUGAACAACUUCAUUAUCGACAGGCACUCAAUAAUUGGACGACAGCUGGAAGUCAACUUGCGCAUGUGGAAGCAGACCGUUGUCGACGCAUCGGGAGACACAAUUUAUCCUGACUUAGAAAAAAUUGAAAAUCAAAUUGAAAAAGAACUUGAACCCAGUGAAGGGGCACAAUUAUUAGUAAACAUUGAUCCUCAAAGCCAAAUGCAGACUGUAGAAGUUCUACCGGCGGAGCCAGUCGAACGUUCAUUAUCUGCGAGUUCCUGCUGCGGCUCAAUACUCUCCUUGCUCAGAAGAAAUACUGGGCGCAACGCACGUUACAGCAGCAAUAACUGA